CAAAAGGCAUCUCCAGCGCUCAUCCAGCACAGCCGUUGAUUCUCUGACACCCUGCUGCGGUCCAUGCGCGCACCCGCGCCUAUUGGUGGAGACGUGUGAGAUUUUAGAACCAUCCGCCUGCAGGACUCAGAGCUGCCAAACUGUUUGAAGUUAAAAGCGUCCCCUCGUCCCGUGCGCCCAUGGAAGGCGACGUUAUGGAUAAACUGAAGGACAUGGCCUCAGUGUGUGGGUUCGACCCUAUCACGGGGGAAAUUCCAGCCACCAAAGUGGAGAUCACCGUCUCGUGCAGAAACCUGCUAGAUCGAGACACAUUCUCCAAGUCUGAUCCUUUGUGUAUUCUUUACACUCAAGGAGUGGAGUCUAAGCAGUGGCGUGAGUUUGGGAGAACUGAAGUCAUUGACAACACACUGAACCCGGACUUUGUGAGAAAGUACAUCCUGGACUAUUUCUUUGAGGAGAAGCAGAAUCUGCGCUUUGACAUAUAUGACAUUGACUCCAAAAGUCCUGAUUUAGCCAAACACGACUUCCUAGGUCAGACCCUCUGCACUUUGGGAGAGAUUGUGGGUUCACCAGGCAGUCAUCUGAAAAAGUCUCUGGGUGGGAUCCCCGGGAAGAAUUGUGGUACAAUUAUUCUCACGGCCGAGGAACUAGGAAACUGCAGGGACUGUGCCACAAUGCAGUUCUGUGCCAAUAAACUGGAUAAAAAAGACUUUUUUGGCCGCUCUGACCCAUUCAUGCUUUUCUACAGAAGUAAUGAGGAUGGAACGUUUACUAUCUGCCACAAGACAGAGGUGGUUAAGAAUACUCUGAACCCUGUGUGGCAGCCAUUCACCAUCCCUGUCAGAGCGCUCUGUAAUGGAGUUUAUGACAGGUCAAUUAAAGUGGAGGUAUAUGACUGGGAUAGAGAUGGAAGCCAUGAUUUUAUCGGGGAGUUCACCACCUACUACAGAGAGCUUUCUCGUGGUCAAAGUCAGUUCAAUGUAUACGAGGUGGUGAAUUCCAAAAAGAAACUGAAAAAGAGGAGAUACGUCAAUUCUGGCACUGUGACACUGCUUUCAUUCUCUGUGGAGGCCGAACACACAUUUCUGGACUACAUCAAAGCAGGCACUCAGAUCCAUUUCACAGUGGCCAUUGAUUUCACUGCUUCCAAUGGGAACCCUUCUCAGUCCACCUCCCUCCACUACAUGAACCCGUAUCAGAUGAACGCAUAUGCCAUGGCUUUGAAGGCUGUUGGCGAGAUCAUUCAGGACUAUGACAGUGACAAGAUGUUUCCAGCAUUGGGCUUCGGAGCCAAGCUUCCUCCUGAUGGCAGGGUUUCCCAUGAAUUUCCCCUGAACGGUAAUGUAGAUAACCCAUACUGCAAUGGGAUGGAGGGCAUUCUGGAGGCUUACCACCAGAGUCUAAAGACUGUCCAGCUAUACGGACCCACCAAUUUUGCUCCUGUCAUCAACAGUGUAGCAAGGUAUGCUGCGGCAGUUCAAGACGGUUCUCAGUAUUUCGUACUUCUCAUAAUCACAGAUGGUGUGAUAUCAGAUAUGGCUCACACCAAAGAAGCCAUCGUCAGUGCGGCUAAAUUACCAAUGUCCAUCAUUAUUGUUGGAGUUGGCCAGGCAGAAUUUGAUGCUAUGGUAGAGCUGGAUGGUGACGAUGUAAGAAUAUCCUCCAGAGGAAAGCUGGCAGAGAGGGACAUUGUACAGUUUGUACCAUUCAGAGACUACAUGGACCGGACAGGGAACCAUGUACUUAGCAUGGCACGGCUUGCCAAGGAUGUCCUGGCCGAGAUCCCGGACCAAUUGAUCUUAUACAUGAAGUCAAAGGGCAUCAAACCCAACCAGACACCACCAGACUACAGCCCAUCUGGGCUCAGCCCAACCUCCACCAUAUGAGUUUGCCCUGCCUGCACUGGACUACAGAAAACAGGCAGUAACUGCUUAUGUCACCUCCAAUUUGGAUCUCAUUCAAAUCCAACACAAAUUAUUCAGUAUGCCUUUACCUGCUGUUUUGAAUCUCGUAUACUGGAGAAAUGCAAAACUCGUUGGCCUUUGGAAAGAAAAAGAUGAUUCUUAUGGGCUUAUUUCUCACAUGAUUUCUUCCCAAAUUAGCCAAAAAUAAAACACAGAUUUAUUCAUGUAAAUCUGGAUCAAUAUCAUUCAGAGUC